UGAUAUUUUCAAAGCUUCUUAUAUGUAUAUUGUCCUUGCGUUGAUUUUUUCCCUUAUACUAAAUGUCAAUAUAAAAAUUUAAACAAAUUAAAAAGAAAAAUAUAUUCAGUGUUAAGUGAUUAAUAAAAAUAUAACAAAACUAAAUUAUUAAAUAUAAAUAAGAAAUUAAAAAAAAAAACGAAUAAAGAAAAUUAAGGAUUACACAAUUGAAUGUCCGCCAUUUUGAAAAAAGCUUACUUCUACAACCACAAGCACAACCAUCACCAACACAAUCAUCACCACCCACACACACAUCAAAACCAUCACCACCACCACCAGCAAGACGGAUGUCAUAAUGUUGCGGCAACUACUACACGGACGACAUUUUAUUCAUCCUAACGGAUUCGCCGCCGCGACUCCAUUUUCUAGCGCUGUCGUCGUCAGGGGGACAUGGCAGAAGAAUGUCAUCAUAUUUUGCCUUAUAGCUCUCUCUCUCAUAAGCAUUGCUUUUGGGCGGGCUCCACCUGAGCCAUAUUACGGUCGUUAUAUCGGACAGUUUUCUAACUUUGCACAUGGAAUUAAGGGCUCCAUUUAUGCGGUAGAUGAAUCAACUAUAUUCAUAAAAUCAUUCGCAUACGAUGGAACCGGUCCGGAUGCAUUCUUCUGGGUUGGCAAAACACCACGACCGAGUCCAGAAGGAUUUAUUAUUCCCUAUCCAGAGGAAUAUACAGGAAUAGAUCCACCAAUCCUUCAAGCACACAAUAAUACAGACAUCAUUCUCAGAUUGCCUAUGGGCAAAAGGAUCAAGGACAUUCGAUGGCUCUCAGUUUGGUGCCGAAGAUUUACGGUUGACUUUGGUGAAGUAUUUAUUCCACCGGGCCUGGAUGUGCCUAAACCACGAGUCCUUCCUGAAUUCAAGAGGCUUGCUCAUGGAUUGCGGUCGAGUAACAUUAGUGUCCUGGAUGCAAAAACUUUCUACAUCCCAAAUCUGCAUUACGACGGAGCCGGUCCAGAUGCAUACUUCUGGGUAGGCAACGGCACUGAGCCCAAUAUCAUGGGAAUCAAGGUACCAAAUGAAAUCGGGUCCUUAGAGCCAUUACGAGGAUACCAGGGUGAGGACAUAGAAAUUCAAUUGCCUGGCAAUUUGACAGCAUACGAUAUCGAUUGGUUGGCCGUGUGGUGUGUCGAAUAUCGACACAAUUUCGGACAUGUCUUCAUACCAAAGGAUCUGGAUGUGCCACCGGCUUUAGGACAAACCAAAAUUACGCCGCCAUGGUGGUACACUCCGACAACAACUACACCUAAAGUCACUUAUGCAAAUUGCCGAGAAAUUCUCCCAAAUAAACUGCAAGUCAAAUGGGAACUUCAAGGUGAUUAUCUUCAAGUCGAACUGUUUGGGCGAAUUCGAGAAGAUCAAUAUAUGGCUUUUGGUCUAUCCGGAGCAAAUGGUCGCGCCCAAAUGUCCAUGGGCGAUGUUGUAGUUGCAUUUUAUGAUACCAAUGCACGGGUCUUCCGGGCUGAAGAUUACUAUCUGUCAGAUUUAUCGCAAUGUGAUGGACAACAUGGGGCGUGUCCUGAUGAAAGAAUCGGUGGUAGAAACGAUGUUGUUGUUUUAAGCGGAGAUCGUAAGAACGGUGUGACAAGCAUUCGAUAUAAACGACUUUUGCAAACAAAUGAGCCAAUAAAUGAUUUAGCCAUUCCUACCGACCGCGAGGUGUCAGUGAUUGCUGCUAUUGGUACAUUGAAUAACCGCAAGGAGGCCAAUGCACACUCACAUACCGGAACUGAUCACAAUGUUGAAGACAUCCGAAUUAAUUUUGCGUCUAGAAACGAUCAUUCGUGCAAGACAUCACUGCAUCAAGUGAAGGAUGAAACCGGUCCAACUCCAUGGCCUACAAGAAAAAUCGAAAAUGAAAGUACGUUUAGUGCUAGAAUCGGUCCGACAGGUGGCAAACGUGGAUAUUCUCCCAUCACUGGUAAUCCAUCAUGGGGCAUUGCAUGGUAUUUGAAUGAUUUGCUUAUUCCCGAGAUCACUGUGGAGAGGGGCAAAACUUACACAUUUUAUGUGGAAGGUGGUGAUGAUCCAGCUAAUCCUGCAAGAUAUCAUCCAUUUUAUAUAACUGAUUCCCCGGAAGGUGGAAUCGGACAGAAGACUGGAAUCGAAUUGCGUCAACAGAAUCCUUACGCUGGUGUUGAGUUUGAUGAUGAUGGAAAUCCUAUACCAACAGCAGCUGGCCGUUAUUGUGAAUGGCAACAUCAGACUGUAGAUAAAUCCGCCGAAAUCGAAACAUUUGAAGAAUAUAUGAAAACACUUGUUCUUGAGUGUGAAGAAGGAGAACCUGGCUACCUCAAUUGGACAGUUCCAGCCGAUGCCCCAGAUUUACUCUACUAUCAGUGCUUUACCCACAAUAACCUUGGAUGGAAGAUAAACGUCGUCGAUGCAGGCUAUUCAACUGCACACACUCUAAACACUCCAUCGACAUUAGGUUCUCUAAUUCUUUCAACACUUCUUAGCCUGGCUGCGAUAAAUAUCUUUUUAGCCAUUAGGCCCGCCUGAUAGUCAUUCAAAUUCAAAAUAAAAAACCAAACAACCAUCGAAUUGAAAUUUGUAAUUUUUGAACGAAAAUUAGUAUCUAAAAAAAUUUAAAUAAAUUUAAAAAUAAAACUUUUUAACUCACGCAUGACAGCCAUAUCAAAUUAAUUAAUUCAUAUCAGUUAGAAAAUUUCAAAUACAAACAAAAAUAAUUAUCAAUUUUGGAAUUAAACAAAAAUUAAAGAAACCAUCAUAUCCCAAAAAACAAACAAAAAU